AUGGAGCGAUAUUAUCAUAAAGUAUCUUCCAAGUGUCCAAAGCCAAGUUCAACAACUCCAGAUUCAAUUGACUUGGGAGAAAAAAUUAAUGAGUCGGAACAACAUCGACAAAAUGAAGGAAUUGAUUUAAGUUCCUUACCAACUGAUCCUGGGGAAAGAUUAGCUAUUCGAAAAUAUCAUCCAAAUGAUCAUGAUGCAAUAAGGAGAUCUGUAACAAAAGAUGCAGCUUUUUGCUUCUACUGCUAUUUGUUUCAAGAUGAAAACAUCAAUCAAGGGGGAGGAGAGGUAUUUUCAAGUAUAGGUUUUACAAGUUGGAAUAAGAAGAAAAGUUUUAAUGAGCAUAUUGGCGGACCAAACAGUGUUCAUAAUCAGUCAAGAAGAAAUGCUGAAGAUUUGAUGAGACAAAAACAAUCCAUUCAAAGUGUACUUGCUAAACAGUCUGAUCAACAAAAGUUAGAAUACCAAACUCGUUUAGAAGCUGCAAUUGAUGUCAUAAGAUAUCUUUUGAACCAAGGAUUAUCAUUUCGGGGGCAUCGUGAAGACGAAUCAUCUUUUAAUAAAGGUAACUAUAUUAAACUUCUUAGAUGGUAUACUAAACGAUGUGAUAAUAUUGCUGAUGCAUUUAAAAAAGCUUCAAAGAAUAAUCAGUUGACUUCUCCAUACAUUCAAAGGGAUAUUAUCACUGCAUGUAAGAUGGAAACAAUUAGGUAUAUCAUUAAGGAUUUAAAUGAUGAUUACUUUUCCAUAUUAGUUGAUGAAUCUCGUGAUGUGUCAUGUAAGGAGCAAAGGGCUAUUUUUUUGAGGUAUGUUGAUAGAAGGGGGAGUGUAAUGGAGCGAUUUAUUGGUAUUCUUCAUGUUCGUGAUACUAGUGCUUUGUCCCUAAGAAAUGAAAUUGUUGGUUUACUUGCUCAACAUUCUUUAAGCCCAUCUUAUAUGCGUGGACAAUGUUAUGAUGGAGCAAGCAAUAUGCAAGGAGAUUUAAAUGGGCUUAAAAUCUUGAUACAAAAAGAAAGUAAAGGUGCUCAUUCUAUUCAUUGUUUUGCUCAUCAACUCCAGUUAACUCUUGUUGCGAUUUCUAGAAGAUGUGAUAAAGUGCAGGAACUUUUAUCGUUGGAUUCUGAUAUAUUAAAUAUGGUUGGAGCUUCUUUCAAGCGUAGAGAUGAACUUCGUGAAUCUCAAGCAAAAGAAAUUGAAGAAGCAUUAUGUAAAAGCGAGCUUCAAACUGGUAGGGGCUUGAAUCAAGAACUAGGUCUUGCUAGAGCCGGUGAUACUAGAUGGGGAUCUCACUACAAAUCCUUUAAAAAAUUUAUUCUUAUGUUUGGUCCUAUCAUUGAUGUACUUGAUGCUAUUGCUGUUAAUGCCCGUUUUGAAGAAAAGUGUAGGGCAAAAGGAUAUCUUAAAGCAUGUUUAACAUUUGAGGUUGUCUUCAUGAUGCACUUCAUGCGCACUAUUUUAGCAAUCACAAAUGAGCUUAAUGCAGUUUUUCAAAAGAAAGAGCAAGACAUUGCAAAUGCCAUGCUGCUUGUUGAAGUGGCAAAGGAGCGACUACAAAAACUAAGAGAAGAAGGUUGGGAUUCACUUAUUGAUGAGUUGUUCACUCUUUUACAUGGUGACACUGCUUAUGAAAAAUCCUGCGUACGCCACUGA